AUGCGUUCUUCAUAUCUGAUUCUCUGCCUUGUCCUUGUUCAUAUCAUUGAAAUAGGUCGUGACUAUGCAGAUCCCACCAAUGGGUUCACUGUUGUGCUGCUGACGAGUGGAAGAUACAGUAACUGUACGACAAACCGUUGGAGGAGAGGCUAUGGUCCUGUGCCGAACAGGACCUCUGGAGCCAUCAUAGUGCAGAUCCACGGCAACAUGGGGCACAGUGCACACCACUACUCUGAUACUAAGGAUAUGCGCAGGGGAUGGGAUCAAGGCAUCGUGGAAGUUCACCUUGAGGGGACUUCAAAGUUCGCGAAGCAAGAUCAUGGCCUCAGCAACCUGUACUUUAAAUGCGGAGUGAAUGCCGCUGCCCCCAAAGAAGAAAAAACCCAAAAAUACGAGCUAUACAACAUGGAAUUGAAGUGGAAGGACAUCAAAAUAUACAAGAAGUGCAUGUAG